GCCAGAGGUGUCAUGGCGCCGGGAAAGAAGCGUCUGUCCUGGAGCGUCGGGCUUUAAACGCUUCGUUGGCGUUAACGUCUCUAACUCGGCGCACGGCUAGUGUUUCUGUUUGACGGCGUCAGGAUGGAGUCUGUCACGAGCUCUUAGCUUUGUGAGAGGAAGUGAAGAUUUGGAGCAGAGAAGAAGAAGAAGAAGCGCCAGCCUGACUCAUCCUCGCAGCGGCGGCCAUGUCUCGAGGCGAUCCGAUGUCGGACUCUGCUCCGUUCUUCUCCUCUGACAGCGAGGCGGAAGGUCCGGAGGAUCAGGGCACCGCGACGGCCAAUCAGCAGCCAGACGAGGAGUCGCCCAGCGGGGUGUCCAGAGGCCGGGCGUUGGUGAUCGUCUUCGUCCUCUGCUACAUCAACCUGCUCAACUACAUGGACAGGUUCACCGUGGCAGGUGUUCUCCCUGACAUCGAGCACUACUUUGGGAUCAGCGACACAGAGUCUGGCUUACUUCAAACAGUUUUUAUCUGCAGCUACAUGUUCCUGGCUCCUGUGUUUGGUUACCUGGGCGACAGGUACAACAGGAAGUACAUCAUGAGCGGCGGCAUAACGUUCUGGUCGCUGGUGACGCUCGCCAGCUCCUACACGCCCGAAGAGCACUUCUGGGCGCUGCUGCUGACUCGAGGCCUGGUCGGCGUCGGCGAGGCCAGCUACUCCACCAUCGCCCCGACCAUCAUCGCCGACCUCUACGUGAAGGGCAAGAGGACCAACAUGCUCUCCAUCUUUUAUUUUGCCAUCCCCGUCGGCAGCGGUCUCGGCUACAUCGUCGGCUCGCAGGUCAGCAGCAGGGCGAAGGACUGGCACUGGGCGCUGCGGGUGACUCCGGGCUUGGGGCUGAUCGCCGUGCUGCUGCUGCUGUUUGUGGUGAAGGAGCCGAAACGAGGAGCCGUCGAGGCCCGACCCGAGAAUCACCUGCACCAGACCAGCUGGCUCGCCGACCUGCGUGACCUCAGCAAGAACUACAGCUUCAUGUUGUCCACGUUCGGCUUCACGGCCGUGGCGUUUGUGACGGGCUCUCUGGCUCUCUGGGCGCCAACGUUCCUCUUCAGGGCGGCCGUCUUCAACGGGGAGAGGGCUCCCUGCAUGGAGGCUCAUUGCGAGUCCUCAGACAGUCUGAUUUUUGGGGCCAUCACCUGUGUCACCGGCGUGCUGGGUGUGGCCAGCGGCGUGCAGGUGAGCCGACAGCUGAGGAAGAAGACGGCCCGAGCCGACCCGCUGGUCUGUGCCGCCGGUCUGCUCCUCUGUGCACCGUUCCUCUACCUCGCCAUCAUGUUCGCCCAGGCGAGCACCGUCGCAACAUAUGUCUUCAUUUUCUUCGGGGAGACGUUCCUGUCCAUGAACUGGGCCAUCGUGGCGGAUAUUCUUCUGGCUGUGGUGGGCGGAGCUUUCUUCCUCGGCACCGCAGUCUACAUCGAAAGAGACCGCGAGCGAGCCGAGAACUACGCCCCCACAGAUGAGCCGAUCGUGGUGCCGAAAAGCGGGCGCUCCACCCGGGUACCGGUGUCCAGCGUCCUGAUCUGAGGAACCUGGCGGAGGUUCUUCUCCACCUGCGGCUGGUCGUGUCUCACCUGUCGGUGUCGCAGACUCUCUGCCGUGCAGAAACGCUUCAGGACACUUUUUAUUUUUGCAGAUUUGAUUACUUUUUAUAACCUUUUCUGCCAGGAAGGCUUGAGGAGAGCGUGCUCUUUAGCUCGCCUCUCGGCUCGGCGGCCACGUUUCAGAGCGCGUACGGCGUCGAGACUCGACCGAAGCUGCUCCGUGGACUUUACUGACCCCGCUGUCGUCGAUCAGCCCGGAGGCAGAAAGACGGAUGACGUCGUGCUCUCGCGUCUUUCCAGCAGAAGCUUCGUUAAUCGCUCUGAUAAGCACGUUUGAGCUGUUUUAGUUAGAACACUAACUCUCUCCUGUUUCCUUCAGCGCCUCGACCAUUUCACCUCUCGUGGUUUUAAAGAGCCUCUAUCUGAAUCCCCCGACCCCUGACCUCUGACCCCUGACCUCUGACCCCUGACCUCUGACCCCUGACGUCUGACCCCAUCCCUGGACACUGUAAACAUGUAAUUUUCAGUUUUUUAAAAUGUUUUUAUUACAUUUUCCUUCCAACAUGACUGACACAUGAAGACUCCAUGGUUACGGUUGUUGUCCCCCUGUCCCCCCCCCGCCCCCCCCCGGAGGAAACGGCUUUUCACUGAAUGUUAACCUCGAAUAAUUUUAACUUUUCUGAAUUAUUAAAUGAAAAUGAACCUGUUGUCUGUGUGUUUACAAUGGAAAUGUUUAUGAUCACAGCUGUGUGUCGAUGUUCUGAUAAUUCAUUUAACGAUCAAUAAUCUAGCAAAGCAUAUCCUAACUAUCAUCUAUAUAUAUAAGUGAAUAUAUCAUAAUUUAAUUUACAAUAAAAAUGAUAAAUAUUUGUGUCACAUAAUUUAAAAUCCACGAU